AUGAUGUGGAAGACGUCCCUGCUGCCCAAGAUCCUGACUUUGGGGGUCCUGGGCCUCCUGAUUCAAGCCCCAGGGCAUCAUGCAGAUGACCUCAUCAGGACCACUGAGUCUGGACAGAUCCAAGGGACUCAAAUCAGAAUGAAGGGGAUUGACAAAGUUGUCAAUGUUUUUCUGGGAAUCCCCUUUGCCAAACCCCCUGUAGGGGCCCUGAGGUUUUCUCCUCCACAACCACCAGAUUCCUGGAGCAAUGUGAGAGAUGCAACUUCUCAUCCACCCAUGUGUUUGCAGGAUAUCACUCUCCCAGAAAAAAUGGCAAGGCUCAUGAACUUGAACAUCUCUGUUCCUGCCAAUUCUGAAGACUGCUUGUACCUCAAUAUCUAUGUUCCUGACCACGCAAAGGAGGGGGCCAGAUUGCCAGUGAUGGUGUGGAUCCAUGGUGGUGGUCUUACCUUGGGCUCUGCUUCCAUGUAUGAUGGUUCGAUAUUGUCUGCCACCCAGAAAGUGGUAGUGGUCACCAUGCAGUACAGGCUGGGCAUCCUUGGGUUCUUCAGCACUGGGGAUGAGCAAGCACCUGGCAACUGGGGUUACCUGGAUCAGGUGGCUGCCCUGAGGUGGGUCCAGAAGAACAUUGCCCACUUUGGAGGAGAUCCUGGCCGUGUGACCAUCUUUGGCGAGUCAGCCGGGGGGAUGAGUGUUUCCUCACAUGUAAGUUCUGUCCCCCAUGUCCAAAGGUUGUUUCACAGAGAGAUCAUGGAGAGUGGUGUGUCCAUCUUCCCUGGCUUGAUUUCUUCCAGCUCAGAAAUGGUUAUGAAGGUCAUUGCCAAUCUGUCUGCUUGUGAUGCACACAAUUCUGCCUCCAUGGUGCAGUGCCUUAGGAGCAAAUCUGACAGGGAGAUCCUGGCCAUUACCAAGCAUUUCAAUAUAAUGCCUGUUGCAGUUGAUGGGCAGUUCCUCCCCAAACAUCCUGAAGAGUCUGCUGCAGGAGAGUUCAACCACAUCCCUUCCAUUAUUGGUGUCAACAACCAUGAAUGUGGCUGGAUGAUUCCUGCGGAAAUGGACAUUCCUGGAUUUAAAGAAAACAUGAAUAAAAAAAGUAUCCAAUCAGCAUUGCAAAAUCCAAUUUUGGGUAUUCCUCCUCAGCUUGGGCAGUUGAUGAUGGAAGAGUAUUUAAAAGACACUGAGGACCCGAGAGAUUACCGAGCUCAAUUUCAGGAAAUGGUUGGGGACUUGCUCUUUGUUAUUCCUUCCCUCAAACUGGCCAAAUAUCAACACAGUGACUCUCCAGUCUACUUUUAUGAAUUUCAGCACCGACGAAGCACAUUUAAGGGCCUCAAGCCAGAUUUUGUGAAAGCAGACCAUGGUGAUGAGCUUCCUUUUGUCUUUGGAAUACCUCCCGAGGCAACAGAAGAGGAAAAGCUCCUGAGCCACAGGAUAAUGAGCUACUGGGCAAACUUUGCCCGUCACAAGGACCCAAAUGGUGCAGAUCUUAUUCACUGGCCUGUCUAUGACCAGAAGGAAAAGUACCUGGAGCUCAAUUUGCAGCUGUCUGUGGGAAAGAGCCUGAGGAAGGAUAAGUGGGAGUUCUGGAGCAAGACCUUGCCUGAGAAGAUGAAGGAAUCACAGCCUGAAAAAGCCCAAGGGGAGUUGUGAUCUCUGAUCAUAGCUGUUUUUGUAAUUGUUGCAGACCAAAAACACCCAAUCACUUCUUUUGAGUAGUUCCUUGUCCUCAGCUAAAGAAUAUUGCAGUU